UUGCUCUGGUUCUGUCCCUCCAGGUACCCAAACACAGCCUGUGAACUGCUGACCUCGGAUGUGCCGCAGAUCAACGACAAGCUCGGAGGGGACGAAACUCUGCUCAACAUCCUCUAUGACUUCUUGGAUCACGAGCCUCCUUUGAACCCUUUGCUUGCCAGUUUCUUCAGUAAGACUAUUGGGAAUCUCAUCGCCAGAAAAACGGAACAGGUGAUUGCGUUUUUAAGGAAAAAAGACAAAUUUAUUAGCCUGGUGCUAAAGCAUAUAGAUACAUCAGCAAUGAUGGACCUCCUGCUGCGUCUGAUCAGCUGCGUGGAGCCCGCGACCCUACGGCAGGAAGUGCUGAAUUGGCUUAAUGAAGCAAAGAUUAUUCAGAGGCUCGUGGAGCUGAUCCAUUCAAGCCAGGAUGAGGACAGGCAAUCAAACGCUUCCCAGACCCUGUGCGAUAUCAUAAGAUUGAGCAGAGACCAGAGCAAUCAACUCCAGGAUAUGCCUGAGCCUGAUCCCCUUCUCACAGCACUGGAAUCGCAGGAAUGUGUGGAGCAGCUCCUGAGGAAUAUGUUUGAUGGAGAACAGACCGAAAACUGCAUAGUGAAUGGAACACAAGUUCUUCUAACGUUGCUGGAAACGAGGCGCUCUGGAGUGGAAGGACUGAUGGACUCGUACACUCAGGGAUUCGAAAGGUCUUACACUGUCAAUAGCAGCAUCUUACAUGGCAUUGAGCCACGGCUGAAGGAUUUCCACCAGCUGCUGCUCAGCCCUCCCAAGAAAACAGCCAUCCUGACUACCAUCGGCGUCUUGGAGGAGCCGUUGGGGAACGCUCGUCUUCAUGGAUCUCGUCUGAUAGCUGCUCUGCUUCACACCAACACUCCCAGUAUCAAUCAGGAACUAUGCAGACUCAGUACCAUGAAUCUAUUACUUGACUUAUUUUUUAAAUACACGUGGAAUAACUUUUUGCAUUUCCAAGUGGAAUUGUCCAUAGCAGCUAUUCUCUCGCACUCUGCGCAAGAGGGCAGAGCUACUGCUAACGAGCUAGAAAGCAAAGAAGAGGUGCUGAAUGGAAACGUGGCCACCACAGAGAACUUGGAGACUCCAGAGAGCAGUGCUGAGAAUAUCAUGGUUACUCAUCUGUUCCAGAAGUGCUGCCUAGUGCAAAGGAUACUGGAUGCCUGGGAAGCCAAUGACAAAAUCCAGGCAGAAGGUGGCAUGAGGCGAGGCAAUAUGGGCCACCUCACCCGGAUAGCCAACGCCGUGGUGCAGAACAUGGAGAAGGGCCCCAUGCAGGCUCAGAUCAGUGAGUUCAUUAAAGAGCUGCCUGAAGAUUGCAGAGGGAGAUGGGAGAGUUUUGUGGAAGAGACGCUGACAGAAACAAACAGGAGGAAUACAGUGGAUUUGGUGAGCACUCACCAUCUGCACUCUUCCAGUGAGGAUGAAGACAUUGAGAGUGCUUUUCCCAAUGAGCUUUCUCUCCAGCAGGCCUUCUCCGAGUACCAGAUCCAGCAGAUGACAGCCAACUUCGUGGAUCAGUUUGGCUUUAACGAUGAGGAGUUUGCAGACCAGGAUGACAAUAUCAACGCUCCCUUCGACAGGAUCGCAGAGAUCAACUUCAAUAUAGACGCAGAUGACGACAGUCCCAACGCUUCCCUCUUUGAAGCCUGCUGCAAUGAGCGGAUCCAGCAGUUUGAUGAUAACGAGGAGGAAGAAGAUAUCUGGGAAGAGAAGGAGAUAACCUAUGCAACCCAAGUUAAAUCAAGAACACGAUUCGGAGCAUCUCAGACCUCAGAGAGUUCGUCAAAAAGUGAUCUUGAGAAUGGAGAUCACGAUGGCAGUGUGGACUCUGAAGAAGAGGAGGAAGCAGAACAGCAGCCGCCGCCUUCCUCAGCAAACAACAGCAAGAGUAAUAUUUCUGAGCAGAAAGACUCCGACUCCUCUGAAGGGUCUGGCUGGACAGCUGUGUUCGAGCCCGUGAAUGCCAAGCCCCCCGUGCCCUGCGUUGCCAUGGACGUCGGGUCGAGCGUUUGGGAUUCGGCAGCCCCGGAGAGCACCACGCCGGAGGAGAAAGGGUGGGCGAAGUUUACAGACUUCCAGCCUUUCUGUUGCUCAGAAUCAGGUCCACGAUGCAGUUCUCCGGUCGACACAGAAAGCAGUGAUUCGGAUGGAAACGUGAAGCAGAGUCAGGACAAGAACUUCAGCACUGCCUCUCCCUGCGUUUGGAACGUCUGCGUCACGAGGAAAGCGCCGCUGGUGGCCUCGGACAGCAGCUCCUCCGGAGGCUCCGACAGCGAUGAGGAGGAGGAUAAAGCUGAUACCGUCACAGAAACCAUCAGCACGGGCUCGGGCCAGGAGACCAUCAAGCUGACCAUGGAUGCCAAAAACGAGAAGGCUGUUUUCACCAGAGUAUUUAGACCUGCAGUCAGAGG